GCACACGAAAAGAGGGCGGGGCGUCCGCAAGAGAGAAGGGAUUGGGACACGAGAAGCAGGAGAGAGAGAGGGAGAGGGAUUGCUGGUGGCGGAGUUGGAUCAUCGGGAGGCGUCGCGCUGCUUGUGCGGAUCGGAGGAGGUCAUGAACAACUAAUCAACGUUCAUUUAUUAUGGAUUUGCACCAGUUAUUUAAGUACAGAUUGACUGGUGCUAACGUCUUGUACCGAAUUCCUACAGAGAACAACUUAGCAAACUCUUCCUGGCCAACUACUCCACUGAAGUUAGAGUUCAGCAACUCCCCAUACACCCCUCUUUCUACCCAGCUUGAGUGUGACAAUUUGUCUACUCUUAGCAACACCCCAGAUAACCAGAGCUCUUCUGAAACUAUUUCAGCCCAACCAAUCUCCCCGCUUGAAGCAGACAGCUCGUACAUAAAGGCAGGUAGCCAUCUCCGUGAGAACAUCCAAGUGAAACCUGAUCAGUUGUAUGCAACAUCAAGACAUAAUAUGCAACAGACUUUACGUGAUAUUGAGACCGUUCUGAUGGCACCUGAUGCUGAUGAUGCAACAACGAGCACAAAGCAUGAUUUUGAGGAAACCAAGCCUACUCAGCUCAUGAGGCAGCGGUCGAGGACAUGGAGCCAUGAGUCACGACAGCCUUUGACAGGAACUGUUCGGCCACAAUUUGCAUCUGGUGGAUACCCCGCGGCAAGCUAUGAAAUUCGUCCAGAGAAACGGCAAAGGGAGCUAAGGGAGGAUCCACAACUCAUUGUGAAGCAUCUAUUAACCAGGUGUGCGGAGGCAUUAAGUGAGGACAGGACAGAAGAGUUCCAAAAGCUUGUUCAGGAUGCUCGUGGGCUUGUUUCAAUUAACGGGGAACCAAUCCAGCGUCUAGGUGCUUACCUACUCGAGGGUUUGGUUGCUAGACAUGGAAACUCUGGUACAAACAUCUACCGUGCUCUGAAAUGCCGGGAGCCGGAGAGCACGGAGCUUCUCUCCUACAUGAAGAUUUUAUACAAUAUCUGUCCUUACUUCAAGUUUGGGUACAUGGCUGCUAAUGGGGCGAUUGCGGAAGCAUUGAGAAGUGAGGACAAGAUCCACAUAAUCGAUUUUCAGAUUGCUCAGGGGACUCAAUGGAUCACACUGAUACAAGCACUAGCUGCCAGGCCUGGGGGUCCACCUCAUGUGCGGAUCACCGGAAUAGAUGACCCGGUUUCAGAGUAUGCCCGAGGUGAAGGUCUGGAUAUUGUUGGGAACAUGCUGAAAAGCAUGUCUAAAGAAUUCAAAAUACCUCUGGAGUUUACACCUCUACCUGUCUAUGCUACUGAAGUCACAAAAGAGAUGCUUGAGAUUAGACCAGGUGAAGCACUUGCUGUCAACUUCACCCUCCAGCUUCAUCACACCCCAGAUGAGAGCGUGGACGUCAACAAUCCCCGGGAUGGGUUGCUCCGGAUGGUGAAAGGGCUGUCCCCGAAGGUGACUACGUUGGUGGAGCAGGAAUCGCACACAAACACGACACCUUUCUUGACGAGGUUUGUGGAGACCAUGGAUUACUACUCUGCCAUGUUCGAGUCUAUCGAUGCCAACUUGCCUCGAGACAACAAAGAGAGGAUAAGUGUGGAGCAGCACUGCCUGGCCAAGGAUAUUGUGAACAUCAUCGCCUGUGAGGGGAAGGACAGAGUGGAGAGGCACGAGCUCCUUGGCAAGUGGAAAUUAAGGCUGAGCAUGGCUGGCUUCAAGCCUUACCCACUGAGUUCUUACGUGAACUCUGUGAUAAAGAAGCUUCUAGCGUGCUACUCGGACAAUUACACGCUGGACGAGAAGGAUGGGGCGAUGCUCCUGGGCUGGAAGAACAGGAAGUUGAUAUCUGCCUCUGCAUGGCACUGACAAAUGUAUGUUCACUGGAAGAAGAAAAGAAAAACAGAGGUUAUACACCGAAGUCCCUGGUCUGCUUUUCAAACUCCCUUCGAUGUACAUGUACAUGAUGAUGUACCUUCCGUGUUUUGCGUAAAUGUAGACCAGGAAUUAAACAUUGACAUUAGAUUGUAGGGGUUGUACGAUAAUUACAGUUUUUUGCUCUUCCAUGUAUUCACCAUUCUCUCAGUCCAUGAUAUGUUGGAUGUAAUUUUCUAGGCAUGCUCGUGUUGGUCAGCAAAAAGUUUUCAUUCGUGGAGCAUGCUGUGAGAAUGUAGAGUAUUCCUUGGGGAAGUUGAUUUUC